AUGCCUGGCGGAAAUAUCGGCCUCACGCCGCAACAACAACAGCAGUUGCUCAGCAAGUUGAAGACCGAGAUGAAGCAGAUGCCAAUUCCGCAAGUGUUGUUGUCGAAGGUUCAGGGGAUUCCACCGGGCGUGAAAAACUGGCAGCAGGUGUUUGACUUGAUCCAGUCGAAGGUGAUUCCCCAACAGGUUUUGCCUGCUUUACGUAACCUACACAACACGCAUUUGCAGGUAUUGUUCAAA